GUUUGACAUUGUUAGAAUACCAUAAUAAUGCUUUGCUGGCAUUGGAAUCAAAACAGCAUAAGAUAUGCAUAUCAGAUCGAUCAAAAAUGUUUCUUAGUAAACAUGUUUUUCAAUCCCCAAACUGUUAAACCUUUCAUUUUCAUUUUGAGUUUUACUCUUGUCUCUGCUGCACAUUAACACACUGGGAAACACACUUGUGACACAUUUACGGACUGGGAUGUACACUUGUGACACAUUUACAGACUGGGAUGUACACUUAUGACAUAUUUACACACUGGGAUGUACAUUAUGACAUAUUUACACACUGGGAUAUACACUUAUGCCACAUUUACAUACUGGGAUUUACACUUGUGACACAUUAACACACUGUGGUGUACACUUGUGACACAUUAACACACUGGGAUGGACACUUGUGACAAAUUAACACACUGGGAUGUACACUUGUGACAAAUUUACAGUAUGUGAUGUACACUUGUGACAUAUUAACACACUCGAAUGUACACUUGUGACACAUUUACAUACUGGGAUGUACACUUGUGACAUAUUAACACACUGGGAUGUACACAUUAACACACUGGAAUGUACACUUGUGACACAUUUACACACUGGGAUGUACACUUGUUACACAUUAACAAACUGGGCUGCACACUUGUGACACAUUUACAUACUGGGAUGUACACUCGUGACAUAUUAACACACUGGGAUGUACACUUGUGACACAUUAACACACUGUGAUGUACACUUGUAACUCAUUUACAGUAUGUGAUGUACACUUGUGACAUAUCAACACACUGGGAUGUACACUUGUGACACAUUUACAUACUGAGAUGUACACUUGUGACACAUUAACACACUGGGCUGUACACGUGUGACACAUUUGCAUACUGGGAUGUACACUUGAGACACAUUAACAUACUGGGAUGUACACUUGUGACACAUUAACAUACUGGGAUGUACACUUGUGACACAUAAACACACAAUGGUGUACACUUGUGACACAUUAACACACUGGGAUGUACACUUGUGACAAAUUAACACACUGGGAUGUACACUUGUGACAAAUUUACAGUAUGUGAUGUACACUUGUGACAUAUUAACACACUGGGAUGUACACUUGUGACACAUUUACAUACUGGGAUGUACACUCGUGACAUAUUAACACACUGGGAUGUACACUUGUGACACAUUAACACACUGUGAUGUACACUUGUGACACAUUUACAGUAUGUGAUGUACACUUGUGACAUAUCAACACACUGGUAUGUACACUUGUGACACAUUUACAUACUGGGAUGUACACUUGUUACACAUUAACACACUGGGCUGUACACUUGUGACACAUUUACAUACUGGGAUGUACACUUGUGACACAUUUACACACUGGGAUGUACACUUGUGACACAUUAACACACUGGGAUGUACACUUGUGACACAUUAACACACUUGGGUGUACACUUGUGAUACAUUUACACGCUGGGAUAUACACUUGUGACACAUUAACAUACUUGGUUUUACGCUUGUGACACAUUUACAGCCUGUGAUGUACACUUGUGACAUAUUUUUAGUGUAUGAAAUACACUUGUGACAUAUUUACAGUCUGUGAUAUACACGUGUGACAUAUUUACAGUCUGUGAUAUAAACUUGUGACAUAUUUACAUUCUGUGAUGUACACUUGUGACAUAUUUACAGUCUGUGAUAUACACUUGUGACACAUUUACAGUAAGGGAUGUACACUUGUGACAUAUUUACAGUCUGUGAUGUACACUUGUGACAUAUUUACAGUCUGUGAUAUACACUUGUGACACAUUUACAGUAAGGGAUGUACACUUGUGACAUAUUUACAGUCUGUGAUGUACAUUUGUGACAUAUUUACAGUCUGUGGUGUACACAUGUGACACAUUUACCGACCGGGAUUGUCAUUUUUGCCCGUCUGUAUUUCACUCAAAUCUUAAACACAACUACACACUUUAAUUUGAAUAAUUAGCCAAUUAUGUCUCUUAGUGAAUGAAACAUCUAUCAUCCUGUUUGUCUGUGCGUCAAAAUAAACUGCUUUCUUUGGUUUCCGUUAUCCACAUGAGUGGGACACCACUGCAAGGAGAUCAAGAUGUGCGACUCUUAUCAAUUUAGCUGUAUGUAACCAUUUGAAAUUUGCGAUUUUUACGAGUGUUAAAUAAAGUGUAUAUUUAUGAGAAAGAAGGAAUAAUUAUUUCAUGAAAAUUUGGAAGAGUCCUGUGAUUGGAUUAGAUUGAGAACCAACCCAGUCUAGACUACAAACAGAUCAGUGUGGUGUAGACACAAAUCAGUACAGUGUAGACAGCAAGCAGUACAGUUUAGGCUACAAACAAUCAAGUGAAGACUACAAAUAAUCCAAUCAAGGCUGCAAAUAAUCCAGUAAAGGCUACAAACAAUCUUGUGAAGGCUACACACAAUCCAGUUAAGGCUACAAACAAUCCAGUGAGGACUACAAACAUCCCAGUGUAGGCUACAAACAAUCGAGUGAAGGCUACACACAAUCCAGCAAAGGCUACAAACAAUCCAGUGAAGUCUACAAACAAUCUAAUAAAGGCUUCAAACAAUCUAGUUAAGGCUAAAACAGUCCAGUGAAGGCUACUCACAAUCCAGUGAAGGCUACUCACAAUCCAGUGAAGGCUGCAAACAAUCCAGUGAAGUCUACAAACAAUUUAAUAAAGGCUUCAAACAAUCUAGUUAAAGCUACAAACAGUCCAGUAAAGGCUACAAACAAUCCAGUGAAGACAACAAACAUCCCAGUGUAUGCUAAAACAGUCCAGUUAUAUAUUUUUAACAUAUACUUGUGCAGACAACUUACAGUCCAGCUUUGACAACUUACAGUCCAAUGUGAACAAUAAAUAGACUAAUAAAGUACACUAAAGGACCAGAAUAGACUCAUAUUUUCAGGUCAUUUUGAGGUUCGGGUGUUCAGUCCAGUGUGGACAUCUCGUAACAAUAACUGGGGACUUCACAUCAGACCAGAUGAUUCUGUCCAACAUGAUCAGAUAUUAAGAUUUCUCACGGAUGGGAUGUUCAAGUACCAGUCUGAAGUCACCGUCAGCUGAUGACCCCGACAUGAGCAGUCAGAACAACCUCACCACACCAGAUGGGCUGGCCUUCCCUGCCAUGGGCUCACAGCAGAGGAUAUCUGUGGGCUCCCAGGGUGCCAGGAACAAGGUCCAGCUGACCCCUGGUCACUCAUUGAUGGACUGGAUCAGGCUCAGCAACAGUGGUAAAGACCUGACCGGGGUCGGGGGUCGCAAGUUGGAAGUGUCUACUGAGGAGCUCCAGAAACACAACACGGAGAAGGACUGCUGGAUAGCACUCAGGGGGAAGGUGUACAACGUUUCUGCCUACAUGGAUUUCCACCCCGGGGGUAUCCCAGAGAUGAUGAGAGGGGCAGGGAAGGAUGCCACAUCUCUCUUUGAUGAGAUCCACAAGUGGGUGAAUGCUGAGUCCAUGCUGGAGAAGUGCCUGGUCGGCAGACUCAAAGUGGAGAACACCCUGCUCAAGAAGGCUCUACUCAAUAGUCCCAAACAAGACACAGUUCAAAAUGGAGGAUUCCUUGCCCCUGCCACAGCGGCUGUACAGUCUCCCAGGUUUGACUGGUUCCAAAGUGGCCAGACUGUGUCUGUGGUCGUGUUCACCAAGUGGCCACACAUCACUACAGAUAUGGUGGAGGUUAGCCUGCAAGGCAGAGCACUCUACAUGAUCCUGCGUGUGAAGAGCUCAAUAUACACAGUGCAUAUCAAUUUGGAAAAAGAUGUAAAUGAAGAGUAUAACUUGCUGGUAUCCAGUGACAGUGGCAAGGUGGAGCUGGUACUGGGCAAGUCUCAGCCAGACGUUCAGUGGUCCUGUAUAGGCAAACACGCGGACGGACACAACACCUACCUGGCCCAGAAAGACUGGGCCCCUGUGUAUCGUGACUGCACGGUGGAGUCAGUGAUGUCGGUUACCAGGGAUACGAAUCUGUACACGCUCAGUCUGCCCAGGGGGGUGAGGAUGUGUGUUCCCAUAGGCAGACAUGUACAUGUACGGCACAAUGUGCAAGGUAUGGAUGUGGCCCGUAGCUACACUGCGGUGCUGCCCUCCCUGUCCCCAGACGCCCAGGACCCCCGCCAGCAGCAGGGUACCACCUUCUACCUCAUGGUGAAGAUCUAUACACAGGGAACUCUCACACCCUGGAUAGGGGCACUCAAACCAGGUGAUGUGCUCCCAGUGAGCAGUUUUGAUGGAGACUUCACGUGGCGGGACCACCAGCAGUGUGGUACUCUGGUCAUGUUUGCUGCAGGGACAGGGUUCACCCCUAUGGUGAGACUCAUCUACACUGCACUGAUAGAGGACACCACCAGAGAACGCACAGUGAAGCUGCUAUUUUUCAACAAGACGCUGGAGGACAUCCUUUGGAAGGAACAGCUUGAUUCCCUUGCACUGGCCAAUACAAGGUGAGAUACAAAUGGCAGUUCCAUCCU